GGGUGAGUCUCGCGCCGCUGCUGCCGGCGCGCGCCAAGCUCUCUGCUCCUCCCCCCUCCCCUUUUCCUUGGGGGGGCGUGGAAGGGGGGGGGUCCUCGGUGUGACUGUAUGUGUGUCCGUCCCGGAACCGGAAGUGGUUGUGGAGGAGCGGGCGAUGGGGAGGAAUGGGGGGGCUUAGGGGGCGGGUGUCUGUCUGGUGGGUGGUAGAGUUCAGCUCCCUGGAGGGGAAGGAGGGACGUCCCAAAGAAGGGUCUUUGAGGAAGGGGUGGGGGGCGACAUCAGGAGGAGGCUCCCAGGGGCUGUCUCAGGGGAGCGAAGGUUUUCUGGGAACAGCUGGGGUCUUCAGUAGAUAGACCACUGUGCAGGCUGAGGGAGGUACUUCUUGGCGCAAGGCCUUGGGUAGGCAGGGGCGAAGUCCUCGCAGAAGUGGGGGGGAGGCCAGAGGAAGUGGCUGGGCCUGAACUGGCACUGUGCCUGACACAAGGGCUUGUGCAUCCCCCUAGUCUUCAGCUUUGCCUUCUGAGCCAGUCCUCAGGGGCAGGGGCCCUUCUCUUCUUCCACCUCUUCUGUUCUCUGACCCCUGGUUACCUGUGGCCCUGUGGAACGAAGAAGAACCAGUGCCUGAGCCCAGGAGUGGAACCCAAGCACUGGUGAUAGAGUUCAUCUUAGUUCCUGAGAAUUGGAUUUAUUUCCCUGUAUCCACAUAAAAGUUCAGGAGCCCUGGAAAGGAGAAGGAAUAAGACGACAGGAGGAAGAGAGAGAGAGGGUAGAAUGGAAGAAUCUCACUUCAAUUCUAACCCGUACUUCUGGCCUUCUAUCCCCACAGUCUCAGGACAGAUUGAGAACACGAUGUUCAUCAACAAGAUGAAGGAUCAGCUGCUGCCGGAGAAGGGCUGUGGGCUGGCUCCACCCCACUACCCCACCUUGCUGACAGUGCCUGCCUCCGUGUCCCUGCCCUCAGGCAUCAGUAUGGACACAGAGUCCAAGUCAGACCAGCUGACCCCACAUAGCCAGGCGUCCGUUACCCAGAACAUCACCGUGGUCCCUGUGCCAUCUACAGGACUGAUGACUGCUGGAGUCUCCUGUUCUCAGAGGUGGAGAAGAGAAGGGAGUCAAUCAAGGGGUCCCGGUUUGGUAAUCACGUCCCCCUCAGGCUCCCUUGUGACCACAGCCUCAUCAGCUCAGACCUUCCCCAUUUCGGCUCCCAUGAUUGUCUCAGCUCUUCCCCCUGGCUCACAAGCCCUGCAGGUGGUCCCUGAUCUCUCCAAGAAGGUAGCAUCAACCCUAACAGAGGAAGGAGGCGGAGGUGGUGGUGGAGGUGGCAGUGUGGCUCCUAAGCCCCCUCGGGGCCGGAAGAAGAAGCGGAUGCUGGAAUCAGGGCUGCCUGAGAUGAAUGACCCUUAUGUCCUCUCCCCUGAGGAUGACGAUGACCAUCAGAAAGACGGCAAGACCUAUAGGUGCCGGAUGUGCUCACUGACAUUCUACUCAAAGUCGGAGAUGCAGAUCCACUCCAAGUCACACACCGAGACCAAGCCCCACAAGUGCCCGCACUGCUCCAAGACCUUCGCCAACAGCUCCUACCUGGCCCAGCACAUCCGUAUCCACUCAGGGGCCAAGCCCUACAGUUGUAACUUCUGUGAGAAAUCCUUCCGCCAGCUCUCCCACCUCCAGCAGCACACCCGGAUCCACUCCAAGAUGCACACGGAGACCAUCAAGCCCCACAAGUGCCCGCACUGCUCCAAGACCUUCGCCAACACCUCCUACCUGGCCCAGCACCUCCGAAUCCACUCGGGGGCCAAGCCCUACAACUGUUCCUACUGCCAGAAGGCCUUCCGCCAGCUCUCCCACCUCCAGCAGCACACACGAAUCCACACCGGUGACAGACCAUACAAAUGUGCACACCCGGGCUGUGAGAAAGCCUUCACGCAGCUCUCCAAUCUGCAGUCCCACAGGCGGCAGCACAACAAAGAUAAACCCUUCAAGUGCCACAACUGUCACCGGGCGUACACGGACGCAGCCUCACUAGAGGUGCACCUAUCUACGCAUACGGUGAAGCAUGCCAAGGUGUAUACCUGCACUAUCUGUAGUCGGGCAUACACAUCGGAAACGUACCUUAUGAAACAUAUGCGCAAACACAACCCUCCUGAUCUCCAGCAACAAGUGCAGGCAGCAGCGGCGGCAGCGGCGGUGGCCCAGGCCCAGGCCCAGGCCCAGGCUCAGGCCCAGGCCCAGGCCCAGGCUCAAGCCCAAGCCCAGGCUCAAGCCCAGGCCUCCCAGGCAUCGCAGCAGCAGCAGCAGCAACAGCAGCCACAGCCACCACACUUCCAGUCCCCUGGGGCAGCCCCCCAGGGUGGGGGUGGUGGGGACAGCAACCCCAACCCUCCACCCCAGUGUUCCUUUGACCUGACCCCCUAUAAGACGGCGGAGCAUCAUAAGGACAUCUGCCUCACUGUCACCACCAGCACCAUCCAGGUGGAGCACCUGGCCAGCUCGUAGAGACCUGUGCUGCCACCCACUGGGAAGAGGGGAAAGAAGUUCUGGUCCCUUCUUUCUCCAACUUCUCUUGGUGGGAAAAGUCUUCUUCCUUGACAGGCCUUGCCUCCAUCUCCUUGGGCCUCAGGCACGGCCUUCCUACACAGGAUACCAUGCUUAUUCUCAACUCCUCUUCAAAAGGAAUAUCAGCCCUCCUGAUUGGCAAAGGAAUAAGGAGCUGGUAGUGUAAUCCAGCAGCCUCCCCUUCCAAGCAUAGCUUUUCAAAAUUGGGGGUUGGUGCUCAAGGGAGGGAUUUGCUAUGACCUCAUAGAAACGUUUCCAGUGUGGGCACUUACCCUCUCGUUACCCUCAUAAUCCUCAAAAGUUGGGGCUGGUGGAAGACUAGAGGCUGGUCCUCCCAGAUCUCUGAGAGAAGGGAGCCCUAAAUGCAACCAGCCUCCUGUUCUAUUCUUGCCUGCAAAAGAACGGAGGUUUCUCACACGCCCCGAUGAGCGGGAGCCGUCUUCCCCUCGUGGUCUUACUUCACUUCCUACCUAAUGCUGGAAGAGGGAGAUCUCAGUGGGGGUCAGACCCCCUUUAUUUGUAAAGGGGCAAGGGCUGAGAUGUGGUCCCCAAGGGGCCAGAGAUCCCCAAAAUGGUCAAGGGUGGCUUAGAAGCGUGGGUUAUGGUUUUCCUUGGGGCCUCUCCCCUUCUCUGCCAGCCAAGGCCCUAUACUCGGUCUCCCAGUCCCAAAGCCAGAGGAGCUGUGGGAGCUUUGUGUUCUUUAUGAAAGCCCAAAACAAAGGGUGUUGCAGAGAAGGGAGAGUUCAGGGCAAACACAAGGACUGGACUUAGCUCCCUAGGUGCCACGGUCAAUUGCCGGACACGGAUUUAUAUAUAAAUAUAUAUAUAAAUAUAUAUAUAUACCCACUCAUCACGGCCAUCUUUGUUGUAACCAUUUCUGUGUUUAUAAAUGCAUUAUCUCUCAGAA